UAUGUCAUGCAGUUUCGUACAAAAUAAACAUAACCUCACAAAAUCAAAAUUCAAAAUUAAUUUUUUGUAAAAAUAUCUUAAUAUCAAAUUAAAAAACUGUGUUGCUAUAUUGCGUUAAAACUAAUUAAAUGAAUUAUUCCAGUGUUUAUACCCUUUUUAACGUAAGAUGUAUGGUAUUAAAGUUUACAUCUUAUAUUUCAAAAAAUACCUAUGCAAAGAAGGAUAGUGCUAGUGUCAGCAUGAUAGGAGGAGCACUAAAGAAAAAGAAACUUGGCAAGUUAGGACCUGUAAUGGAAAAGAAAGUGUUACCUGUAGAAACUGAUCCUGAAAAAUUAGUCAAAUAUGCCUGUGGUAGUAACAUAUAUAAAACUGGAGAGGACGCUAUUUUAAAAGAAGAUAAAGAAUACCCCGAUUGGUUAUGGAACGUAAGGUUGGGGCCUCCUCCAACUUUAGAAGAAUUGGACACUGAAUCUAAACAAUAUUGGAGGUAUAUACGAAAAAUGGCAAUGAAGCGAAAUAAUCAGUUAUCAAAAAUAAGAAAGUUUUAAUUUUAUAUGAUUUAGCCAAGCCUGGUGAAUUUAAUAUUGAAGAGGCCAUUUUAGAAGAUCUAAAAUGUGUGUUAACUAGACUUAAAUGGAUGCACAAGCAUUGUUAAUUGGUGGACAAAAAAUAUUAAUUAAAUUAAAAAUGUACAAAAAUUUCAUUAUAAUCAUAUAUUGUUUGAAAAAAUAGUAUUUGUAAUAUAUAAUUAGUUAUAUAUAA